UCCCCUUCGGGCUCCGUCCCGCCUGUCUCCCGGGGGUUGCGGGUCAGCCCUCGGGGAAUCGGCCUUUGGUCUCUGAGCUGCCGCUACGGCGGCUGCGGGGAACCCGAGCAUCGUCACCGGGGGACGGACCCGCCCGGGAGGCGGCAGCGGGCGCCGGCUGGUGCCUCUGCGGCCCUGACCCCGGGGAGCGGCAGCGCUUUGGCUUGUUUCUUGGAGUUGAGUUUGGGCACAGCCAGCGCGAGUGUGUGCCAGGAGCUCCUCAGCGAGCUGCUUCCUGGAAGUGGUGUCCUUACACCGACGGAACGGCAUCAGCUGCAGCUGGAGUCGCUCCGGUCAGCAAUACCCCAUGCCACUGAAACAACCAGAGAAGAGCCCAUUUCCCUCCCAGAUUCUGGGUCUCAGUGACCUUUCAAGAGCUCCCCAUGAAAUGCCACUGUCUGGGUGCCACAGGAAGUGGAUCAAAGAGACUGAUUCAGCCUACGUGAGGCUAGCAAAGCAAAGAGGCCAACCUGACCUACUGAAGCACUACACUUCUGUGGUGAUGAAGUCCCCUUCAGCAGCAUAUACUGCACCUUUUUGGUAUUCAAACUGUGCCAAUCCUGCAGGGAUUGAGAAGCCACGGACCUGUGUUCCGUCUCUACCAGAUUACAUGGUUCACAGAGAGUUUAUGGCUGAUGACCAUCACGGUAACAGUUAUGAGACAAGCAGAGGGCCUUUUGAAUUUGAUACAAAAGGUGUUUGGCAGCGGGAAGCUGAGGACAAAGAAAAUGCAGAGAAAAAGAAGGUAAAGCUUCCACCUAUAAGCCCUAAAUAUCCAAGCAGAAUUCCAACUGUUUCUACAAACAAGGAAUUUAGUGGAGAAAAUAAGCUUGCCUUCCCACCCAUGCCUGCUCAGAGAAAAAGUGAAGCAGUAAAUUUUAGCAAAUUAAUAAGCAAUGGUUAUGGGACUGACUGGUUUCAGCAGUGUACUGGAUGGGAAAAUAAGAUUCAAGAAACAUCAGAAAAUAGUGAGCACUCUGAAGAUUCUGAAUCACCACCUGGAAGCAAUGAGUUAAAGUCACAGUUCCAGGGAUGUAAUAAGUAACUUGAAACAUUCUUGGGGAAACUAAAGCUUUGUAUUGCUUAUAUAAUAUAGCCCUAUUUACUAUUAUGUACUAUUUACAUGUUGGGCAGAUUAUUUUUCUAAUUUAACUCAUAUCUGAUUGAGAUGUUUGCAAGAUGGAUGAACUUCAUUGGGCUUGAUUACAGCAAAUUUUGAAGAAUAGACAACAGCUGUCAAUGCUUAGUCCUAGAUCAAAAUAAAGCAAAGCUGAGGUUUUCUCCUGCUCAAGACUCCUGCUGCUUUGCUAUUCUCAGAGAGGGUUACCAUAUUGCUGCUGACUUGACUAGACACAGGCAUGCUAUUGAUGUGUCCAAAUCAGCAAGUGUCUUCAGUUAAUUACAGCUGUACUCAUGAGUUAUGCCACAAAGAAAGGUGAAGGGGACCUGUGUGGUAUGGGAUGAAAUGAAGACAGAAAGAAUUGAACUGAUAUGGAUAUUUGCAGUAAAAAAGUUAAACCUUCACUGAAAAGACUGCUUCUUCAUUCCAAAAGCUCAUUCACUUUGAACAGACACUCAGCUUUCUAGGACAGUUCUAUUGCUGUGCCUGCUGCACAAGAACUAGUUGAUCAGUCAUAGUGUUCAACCACAUAGUUAAAGACCUGGUGGCAUUUCCUGGUAUAGUCUUGUUGUGUAGAAGUUGAAUUGUUGGUUAACAGUUCUAUGGACUCAGCUAUCUGUGAUGUCUGCACUUUCAGCUGUUAGAUUAAAAAAAUUAUCUAUCCUGAAGUCUUGACUGCAACAAAAAUACUAUAUGCUAGAUCACUGUGUUUAUUCACAUCAGCAGAAGUUUGUACUUUGAAAUAGCAAUGUAUAAAUGUUGUACUUUAAUAUUUUGAAAAACUUAAAAUACACUGAUAUUUCAAUUCUUGCAUUUUAUCUACUUGGAUUAGGAUAUAUCCCUGAAAUCUUAUUAAUAAUUAAAUAUUGAUUAUAAAUUCCACUAGAAAGUGGGUGCAAUUUCAUUACCAUGUUUUUUGCUAAUACCAUGAAAAGUAAACUCUUAAUUUUUAGAAUUUCCUCUUCAGAUUACAUUCAGUACAUUUUACACUUUUGAA